CUUUGAACACGAGGUUUUAUCCAAGUGUUAGUUACUUUUGUAAAGAAGGAGAUAAACACGCGUAUGAAAAAAAAAUAUUAAAAAUAUAUUUAAUUAAGUCUUGCAUUCGAAAAAAUUUUUAGCGACGUAAGAACUUGUUGGGAAAAGCAGAAAAUGAAAAUUUACAUUCUUGUUGUCAUCUGCUGCUUUGGUUGCCUUAAUGGAGCCAUCCUCCAACCAGACGGUUCCAUAGACAGUGGAUGUCCUAAAGAAGGAGAAUGUAGGUACAACGGUAAAUGCUAUGCUUCAGGAGCAAUUUUGAAAAAAGGUGAAUGUGAAGUUAUAAAGUGCUCAAAAGGUUCCGAAGUUCAUAUCGACUUAGUUUGCAAUUCUGGUUCCAUCUCUACCACCACACUUCCACCGCCAACCCACGUUCAUAAAGGAUGCACCCACAAUGGGGUAUUUUACAAAGACGGUGAGAAGAUGUCACAUUAUUACGAUAAAACGACGGGAAAAUGUCACGGCUUGGUUUGUAUCAGUGGCGUUGCUGUUCCCUGGGAUACAUGGAAUUGCAAGAAUGUGUAACUAGUUGUGGGACUUUGAACUAACCUUUGGGGUAGUUUUUCACGCAGUGAAAUAAAUAAAUUUAUUUUCCCCAA